GGAACACAGUUCACACUGCGAGCGCAAUGGCCGCUCUUACUUGAUAGUUGUACACGUUCGUCCGACACCUUUACUGAAGAAUCCUACACAUCUCACUGCAUCUUUGCACUCUUCUGCUUCGAACAAGUUGUACUAACGUCUAUUCGCGAACGCUUGUUAGAAUUAUCUAUUAAACCUUAAUCGAUAUUGAUCUUACGUCGCCGCCACUGUCUCGCGUACAAUUGUCCUGCGGGACAAUGGCGGACGUGGAAGGAAAAAGGCUAACCGAGUUGCGGGUUAUAGACCUCAAAACGGAGCUGGAACGUCGCGGCUUGGACAAAUCAGGGAAUAAAGCGGCUCUCCUCGAGCGGCUCUCGAAGGCUAUAUCGGAUGAAGGAGAGAAUCCGGAAGACUAUCUCAUUGUACCAACUGGUGGGCCAUAUAAAACCAUUCCAAAGAAGAAUAACGGUUUGACUCAUGAAGAAUCUACUGAGAACACAGAUUGUCAGAAGGAAGAAAAUGUCGAAGGACAGGACAAUGUAGAUAAAUCAAAGGGAGAUAUAAAGACUGUGGUAGAAGAACAUAUUGAGAAAGAGGUCACCCCUAAGAAAGAGGAGCCUCAACCUGAACUCAGGGUAAUAUUGACUAAUAUUAACAAAGAAGAAAGUCUAAAACAGGAGGUUAAAAUGCAGGGACUGAAACCUGCAAGUGAAAGUACAGAGACUAGCGAUAAGAGUGAGCCGGAAAAGGCUAACAUCUCGAUUCAAUCUUCAAACUCAUCAUCCGCUGCUAUCGAAACUAAUGGAAUUGACAACGAGGACUCCAUUAAUCUAACUAUCGGUGAAGAUGAAGAAAAUCUCCUUGCUGAGGAGACGGAAUCUCACGACAGACACAAGGAUGGUGUAGAGAAGAAGAAAAUGGAAGAGAACAGCAAGAAGGGAGACUCGAAAGGCGGCGGUAGAGCGGAAGCUGGCGCCGGCGGCAAGGAAGGGACGACGUCCGGCGCGAACGUUGGCACGAAGAGCAAGCAGGACGGUGGUGAUGGAGGAAGCAAGAGCGCGGAGUCUGGCAACAAAAAUCAGAAGAGAGAAGACAAAGAUAAGAAGACAUCUCAGAUCAGUCCGACCAAUGCGAGCAGUCGCAAUCUAUGGGUCGCCGGGCUGUCGUCCAGCACACGUGCCACCGAUUUGAAGCAAAUCUUCUCCAAGUACGGCAAAGUCGUGGGUGCAAAAGUUGUUACAAAUGCAAUAACUCCUGGGACAAGAUGCUAUGGUUACGUCACCAUGUUCUCGAGCGAGGACGCGGCGAAAUGUAUACAGCACUUGCACAGGACCGAGCUCCACGGGCGCGUUAUAUCCGUCGACAGGGCGAAGGGUGAUAUGCAACAGAAUCACAUGCGCAAACGGGAUAACAUCAACGGCAAAUCGGAGAAGAAGGACGAGAAGGAAAAGCCGAAGGAUCAUGAUGCGAAUGAGAGGAAGGAGGUGAAGAAGGAAAUUGAAGAGAAAGGAUCUGGCGCCGCGAAAAAGUCCGACGAUAAGAACGAGAGUGCUGAAUCUAAGAAAGCCGAGAUGCAAGACAAGAAGGAGGAUCCGUCCAAAGAGUCUGAUGCGCGAUCGACAAAGUCCACGAGCAAGAAACCGGAGAGCGAGAGAGGAAAACGAGAAGAGAAGCGGACACGCACUUGGGACAGGGAUCAUCGCACUCACAGUCGGUCCCGCAGUCGCGAGAGACGCAGACGCGACGAUGUUCUCACAUUCGCCAAGAUAAGAAUGAAAAAUCUUACGCAUAUUCAGGAGGAGCGGGAGCGGCAAAGACUGCGCGAGAGAGAGCGGAUUUUGCGGGAGGAAGAGCGGAGGAGAAGAGAGGACAUAGAGCGCCAGCGCGAGAUAGAGCGCAGACAGCGGGAGGAGGCCGCGCGCUUGGAGAGAGAGCGCGAGAAGCUGAGGCGGGAGAGAGAGCGGAUCGAGCAGGAAAAGGCCGAGCUGCUGCGACUCGAGCGCGAACGUCAGAAGCUCGAAAGGGAGAAGCUCGAGCGCGAGAGGAUGGAGCUGAAGCGGCAGCAGAUGCGCCUGGAGGAGAGCAGACGCGCGCCGCCGCCGCCGUCCAUAAAGAGAUCGUCGAGCGACAGACGAGAUCCGCGGGACUUGUACGUGGAACCCGACAGAAAACGAAUGGCCACGGAGCACGGCCGUCGACACAGUCCGGACAGAGUGCCGGACAGACGAACCGAGAUAAUGGAUCGCGUGUCCGAUCGACGAUUGGAUCCCUCGCCGCCUUCUCGCUACGAAUCCGGCAGUUGUUCCAGAUCCGCGCAGGAGAUGGGAUUGAAGAAGGAGUUCAAGCGAAGCGGCGACUUCUCCUCGAGAAGCAGCCGGCCGGACAGCUUCUCCGACGUUUCUCGCGGACGAGAAGUGAUCGUGCGGCGGGAGAGUCUGUCCAGCGCGUCCUCGUCCAUGGAUCCGCGACAGGUGAAGGAAAGAUACGAUCGUCCGAGCAGCACAUCCUACACUCGCGAACGCGAGGUGCGACGUUCCGAUCCCGAGACGCACCGAAGCUCCAGGGACAGCCACGCGCGAUACAGCGAUAGCUUUAAGCCUCCGGGAUCCACCACGCCACGAUAUAAAUAUUACAUUAAAUAAGGACACAAUAUACAAUAAUCAAAACAUCUUCAUGAAACAUCUGUGACAGAGGUGCACACGACUCAACAUUGUACACGUUAAAUUUAUUUUUGCCCAUCAUUUGAAGCUCUUAGGUAGUUAAUUAAUAUGCGACUGAGAUUAGAUAGCGAUUAGAGAUUAGCUCUUAAUAUAAAACGUUUACAAUUUUAAAGAAUCAACGAAACAAUAGGUAAAUUAUAAAAUCAGAUAUAGAUCACACGAUGGUAACGAAAUUCAACUCUUUUGGCAAACACGAUAGUAAAUUUAAUCUGAUCUACAAAUGCCGACAGUAUUUGUAUCACCAAGUAAAAGUGAUUUUGUAACAUGUCUAAACUGUAUAAAAAUAUCGUAGAUAUUUGAGAAGGAUAUAUAUGAGGAAUAUAUAUAUACAUAUAUAAGAAGUUACAUCAAGUUAUGAAAUUAGAAUUCAGAUAUUAACAGUAUUACUUUUCUUGAAGCAAAAUAUUAAAUAUGUUGCAUUUAUGAAAAUAUUAUGCCGCAAACUGGAUUUUAUUAUGCUGUUCUACUUAAUGUCAUGAUAUUUUUUUUUAUAUCAUCAAACAGAUGUAUUUAGGUUGAUAAUUUUAAUAACGAGAAUCAUAAAAGAAACUUCGAAACAUUUUGUAAGAAAUUUUAUUAUCUCGUUUCUCUCAUAUCCAUUGUGUGUAUUCCUUUUUACGAACGUGUAUGCUUCAUAAUAAAAAUGUAUAUGAUUUCUCAA